AUGUCGGGCUUCUUCGGCUUCGACACAGCUCUCCCAGAGAGACAACAGCCCGCGCAACCCCAGAAUCAAGGAUUUGGCGGAUUUGCAGGUCUCGGAGGCGGGAAUGAUCAAACUGCAUUCAGUUUGGGCGGGGCCGGCGAGGAAGAGGAUCUGGCAGUGUACAAUUGGGGAGAGCAGACGGGGAGCCUGAUGGAGGAUGGGGAUCUGGCGAAUGAUGAGACUUUUGGUGAUGUGGGACCGAUGAACAACAACUUUCAGUUCUCAUCCCAGCCCUCGGCACCGCCAGUGUCGAAGCCCAAGACUGGUAGAGGGCCGAUAGCGUCCACGCAAUCGAGAUACAAGCCCAAGGUCGCGGCCGACCCUUUUGCAUUCUCGGAGGAUGAUUUCUAUUCGCCUAGGAAAGCUGCUAGCAAACCUAUCAAGCCUCCUGCGGCCACCCCUCCCCUUCCUCGAACCCACUCCUCAUCGAAGCCUCAGAGCGUCACUGCCCCCGCUCCCCCUUCAUCCAUCGAGUCGCUCUGGGGUAACCCGGUCGCUCCAGCUUCCACGCUAUGGGGCGCCUCACCAGCUUCAUCCACCAGGCCAUCAGGCCCUGCGGCGCAGAAUGCCCCGGCUACGACCUCCCAGCCUCCGCCCAUGGGUCAGAUCAAGACCCUCGCGGAGAUCGAGGAGGAGAUGUCCCGUAUGGCCCUUCCCGACCAGCCACGGCAACACCAAAUGCUCUCGAUGGAUGAGAUCGAGAAGCAGAUGAUGGCUUCGAUGGAGGCUGCACCUGCUCCUUCCGCACCUCCACCCCUGGCGAACGUCGUCCAGCCCACAGCUCCGCCAGCGAGGGAGUUGACGCCUCCGCAGAUCAACCUCGCCGGAUCCGGCUACGCGUCCCAGCAGGCUCUGCUGGACAGCAUGUUCCCCGAACUCGGCGCAAACGUCGCUCCCGGCGCCACUGCAUCCUUCCCUGGCGGCGAAGAGGACCGGCCUCGUCAGUCGCCCGAAGAGCAGGCUCGGUUGCAUGCGAUGCACGAGCGGAUCAAGGACAAGAUCGAGAGCAUGAGCCGGUACAACCACCUCAUGGGUAACUCGGACAAGGACUUUAUCACUCGUAUCCAGCUUUCACAGCUCGCUACCGCCGACCCCUACGCAUCGGACUUUUACGCUCAGGUCUUCUCGGCGCUGCGGAGGAGGCAAGAGGCCCAGGCUCAGCCUGGGGAGAACCCCAGCGUGGUCCAGGUUACGGCGGGUGCGGCGUUCGGUGUGUCGGGACCGGCGAACAGGUUCGGCAAGAUGGGCGCGGCGACGAUGUCCAAGUUGAAUGGGCAGGUCAAGAAGCUGGUGGAGAAUAGGUUGAACCACCACAAGUCGAAUAACGCGGCUCUUCAGGGUGCUCUCGGCAAGAUUUCGCGCGGUGGUGUCGCUGCUCCUCGACCAGUCCUCGCGGUACCGACUUCUGGUAACAGGGAGUCUCGCCCGACCAGCAUCCUCAACGACCAGUCCGGUAUCCGCCGAUCAGCCCUCACCAAGAAGCAAGUCCUCUUCGCGCUGGAGGAGCUGUACGAUUCUGUGCUGGAGCUGGAGCAGAUGCGGAGGGAGAUGCCGCCGCCUACCGCAAUGGAGGAGAUUGAUAGGUGGAACGACCGAUGCGGGAUGAAGGUAGAGGAGAUCUGGAGGAGGUUGAUGGUGAUGGAGCCUUUGGAUGUCAGUAAUCCACACCCCUUUAUCUCCCUCAUGAACCCCGUCAAGGGUCAACGCCUCUUCCCCCGACUCUUGCGCCACCUGCCUCACCAGCAAGCCCUCACCCUCUUGACCCUCAUCAUCGCCACCUAUCCCCAGCUCGACGUCGUCGCCAGGGCACCUCCACCGCCCGUGUCCGAUACAUCGCUUCUCACCAAGGCGGACCGGAUGGACCGCGCCAAGCGGGAGGUCGAGACCGACAGCUUCUUGCAUUGCGUUGUGCCUGGGCUGGAUAUUCUCAUUCAGCGCUGUGGGCUGGGGCUUAUCGCUGGGUUGUUGGGUAUUUCGGCUCAGCGGAUGGAAGUGUGGCGCGUGGCUUGCACAAGGCCUGGUGUUGCUCUCUUCACUGCUCUCCUCUCCCGAGCGCAAAGUGUUUUACGCCCGGAUCCUGCCAAUCCUCAGAGCGCCCCGCCGCCCGAUGCUGGCGAAGUGGACCAAUGGAACAAGAUCUACGCCUACUUCCUCUCCAUCCUCCUCCCGCACCUAUCCGACCUCUUCCCCUCCUCCCUCGUCCAGCGCAACGCCUUCGGUCCCGGCGCAUACCUCAUGACUACCAACGACACAUCCGACGAGAUGGAGCGUCGAGAUGCGGAAGUAUGGGGCUUUACUGCCGCGCUCGCUGUCAAUGCGCCAGAAGAGGAGCAGGCCAACUUGGUUGGUGCGUUGAGAGAGAAGAUUCUGCAUACUGUGCAGUCGAGCCGAGCGCCGGGGGUGAGUGCGGAGGCGAGGGAUAGGAAGUUGAGGAAUGUCAACAUGUUCUUGCAUGGCCUGGGUCUCGAUGCGUCCAUGAUUGAGUGA